AUGGAGAACCUUCUCUACGGCACUGGGCAGGCUGGCGAUACAGCACACCGUGAAACAUAUGAUCUGAAGUCGAAAGACUAUUUUUUCCUGGAGAGUGAUAUUGCAAAUGGCAACUUGGUGCCGCAAAGUGUGAAGAACAAGCUGGUGGACCAACCCCCAAGCAAAGUGCGAAUGCCGCGUCAGGCUACGGAGGAGCUGAUGACUUUGUUGAAUACAGACACUAAAUUCCUUGCUGACUUCAAUGUCUUAGAUUACUCAUUAUUCCUUGUGUGGCAUCCCCGCAAAGCAGAACCAACUGAUGCUGGGCCUAGUCAAAUGGCUGCUCAAAGUGAACGGGCGGUAACACCGAUUGACUGUUGGAGAACAGGCGUGGUCUCAAGUAACGACCAAUGGGUGUAUCGUGCUGUUUUGCUGGACUUUCCCUGGGCUCGACACAAGUUUCACACGAGGACAAUGUCCAGCAUCGUUGGGGUCUUUAACGUUUGGGCUGGGCAAGGUCCCAUGACAAUCACUACGGAGCCGUUUGAGUACGGGAAGCGCGUCAUGACAAUGGCUCAAAAAUUGUUGGAGCCAAUAUUCUACUCACGGCGCUCUCGGUUCUAG